UAUCUAUCAAAUUCCGGUAAUAAAAAAAGGUGCAAGUGAAACUAGCCAUCUAAUGUUAAAUUGGGUGGAAAAUUGUUCCGUUUGUUCCGAACAUCGCGUUGUUUAUCUGUAAAUUUGUCUCCUUAUUUUCCAUUUAGUGAAAAAUAAUGGUAGACAUCAUAAAAAUUGGUCAACGAGUGGAGGUCCCAAGUAAAGGGGUUCAAGGCACAAUUGCUUUUAUUGGUAAAACCAAUUUUGCACCCGGAAAGUGGAUCGGGUUGAUUCUUGAUGAGGCGAAAGGGAAAAAUGACGGAAGCGUUCAAGGCGUGGAGUAUUUUAAAUGUGAAGAAAAUUUUGGAAUGUUUGUCAGAGAACCACAAGUUCAGCCACUUGAUGAGAAUGGUAAACCAAUAGCAGGCAAAUCUGAUAUUUUAACUUCAAAAAUUGCCAGAUCUCGUCAGACCAUUUCUAGAGUUUCACUUACUGGAAGUAGACAAUCUUUAGGAGGAAGUCGGCAGUCUUUGACUGGUAGUAGACAAUCUCUUGCUGGUAGUCGUACACAUUUGGCAAUGUCUACUUCUGAAAAAUCUAUUGAAUCUACAAGUAAUGAAGCAACAAGCCAGAUUCCGAAACGAGCAUCCUUUAUUGAAACAGGAUUUGUAGAGACUCUUAAACCCCAUUUUACCCCUGGAACAGCUAUAACUACUCCAACACCAGUUAUAUCAGUUGAGGAUAAAAUCAAUAAUCUACAGUUACAGCAAGAACUGGAAAAUCGAAAUCAGCAAAUCAGAGAUCUGAAUGAAAAGAUUGAAACAUUAAAAGUUAAAAGGCAAGAAGACAAGGAAAAAUUGAAAGAAUAUGAUAAGGUAAAAAUACAAUUGGAACAACUUAUUGAAUUCAAAUCUAAAAUUAUGGAUUCACAAAGUAGCUUACAAAGAGAAUUACAGAAAGCAAAGCAAGAUGCUAAGGAAGCUAUUGAAGCCAGAGAAGCACAUGCUGAAGAAGUUGCUGAUCUCGCUGAAGCAGUGGAAAUGGCAACAUUAGACAAAGAGAUGGCAGAAGAAAAAGCAGAGACUUUACAGGCUGAAUUAGAGGCUUGCAAAGAAAAACUUGAUGAAGUAAAUUUGGAUUUUGAAAUUUUAAAAACUGAAAUGCAGGAGAGAGCUUUAGGAGUUUCUGGAACGGAUGUUCAGGGUAUGUCGAAGUAUGAAAUCAAACAAUUACAACAACAAAAUGCUAGGCUUAAAGAAACUUUGGUAAGAUUAAGAGAUUUAUCAGCACAUGACAAGCAUGAAUAUCAAAAAUUGUUGAAAGAUAUAGACCAGAAGAAGUCAGAAAUUGCCGAAUUAGGAAAAACAAAAGAGAAACUGAGUGCAAGAGUUGAAGCGAUGGAGCAACAGAUUGCUGACUUACAGGAACAAGUUGAUGCUGCUCUUGGAGCGGAAGAAAUGGUUGUAAUACUAGGAGAGCAGAAAUUAACACUUGAAGAACAAGUUGUUCAAUUGCAGGAAGAGGUAUCUGAAUUUGAAGCUUUACAGGAAAUGAAUGAUCAGUUACUUGAAAGCAACGCGGAGUUGGAAGCUGAUUUAAGAGAGGAAUUGGACAUGGAGAGGGGACUCACAAGGGAAGUCAUGAGAGACAGAGAUGCUGCUUUGGAAACUGUAGCAGAUAGAGAAGCAACAAUCGUGAAAUUUAGAAAUUUGGUACAACAAUUACAAGAACAAUCAAUAAGUUUGCAAGAGCAGCUGGAAAAAGCGUCAAGCAAGCCGGUUGCUUCCCUUCCAGAGAUUGUUGAUUUUAAGAAAAUUUUUGUGGAGAGUAAAGCACACACAAAAGCUAUUGAUUUAGAAUUAAGAAAGUUGGAUGUCCAGCAGCUUCAAGACCAUAUAAAAUACCUGGGAUCAUUUAUGCCUGAGUCAUUUAUUAGUAGAGGAGGAGAUUAUGAUGCCAUUUUGAUUUUGUUGUUAAUACCUAGACUCAUACACAAAUUGGAUAUUAUUUCUGGGCAACUUAAGGAUAAAUUUCCAGUUCCAGCAAAAAUUGAUAGAAAUUUGAUUUUAAAAGAACAUUGCGUGGAACAGUAUUCGUUUAGGUGUAGGAUGUUCUAUUAUAUUUACUCAUUACAAACUGUGUUGCAUCAGUAUAACUAUGCACUCAACAAUUGCAAACCAGAAGCAUUAAUAAGAGUAGGUGCUAAUUAUAUGGAAAUGGCUGCGCAGGAGAAAAUCAUUGAUAGUUUUGUUGAGCUUAUUAAACGGGGCCAGUUAGAUGAAAAUAUGCCACUAGAACCUUUAGAAAAAUGUUUGGGCUAUUUUAAAACCCUCUAUCCUAUUUUAUUAGGAAAUGAGGUGCAGGCUAAUCAGAAUCAAUUACUUGCGGACAACAUCAAACUGAUGUUAAGUGCCAUUUCUGGGUUUUGCACAGAUGCAAGUAUGGUGAGGUCUUUAGCUAAUACUUCCAAUUCAAGUAUUUCUUUGCUAAUGCAACAUGUGGUUUCGAGUUCGGAACUUUUGCAACAAAAACUGAAACAAACCAAACGUCGCUUGCCUUUGGAUCCACAUAUAACAAAUUUAAAAUUUGGAGGUGACUUUGUCGAUAAUCUCGAUCAGUGUUGGCUUCACACACACAAAAUCCUUAAAACGUUGAAUGACAUAGCCAAAAAUUCUAUUCAGACGUUGUCAACCAGCGGCGAUGCAGAAAACGGCCUUGGGGAAGAAAGAUUGAAGGAAAUAGCGGCAAAUGCAACUGACAAAGUAUAUGCCCAGGAUGAUCUUGGACCUGUUCAAAGUGUGAAGAACUCCUUGGAAAGUAUCGCUGCACAUGUAGCACAAAUCUCUAAAUUUGUUCAGGACAAUGAGUUAGAAUAUAGUACAAUCAAUAAGAAUUUGGCAAAAUCGACUCCGCCUAUUCAAUUAAGAGCUGAAACAGUAAAAAAGGAAUUGGAACAAACGAAAACGCUAACCAGCAAGUUGGAAAACAAGGAAUCUGACAUUAAGGAACUUAGAAAGUUACUGAAAGAAAAACAAGAACAAUUGUCUGAAAUGUCUAUUAGAAAAGAGUUGGCCGAGAAGAAACUGGCCAAUGUGAACAAAGAUUAUGAACUAACAAUAGAAAAGUUGCAACGUAAGUUAGAAGAGGCGCACAAUCAGUUUAAGAGAAAAGAAAAGGAAUUUGAGGAAACGCUGGAUCAUCUUCAAACAGACAUAGAUUCUUUGGAGAGUGAAAAGGGUGAAAUGAAAGAAAAGAUGAAACUAUUAACUAAAAAGGCUCAAUUGGAGGCUUCAAUAAUGAAAAGCACUUCUGGUUCCCAACUAAAUUCACUGCAAUCAAUCGGACCAAGUUUACCAGCUGUGGUUAAAGACUCUCCAUUGUUAAUGCAGGAAAUUGAUAAUCUAAAGAAAAUGUUCAAUCACGAACGUAAUGAAAGAAUCAAGCUGCAGAAUAAAAAUCUCGAAAAUAUACUUGACAGUUUGGAUCCUCUUCCAACAUUUAAGAACAAUAGGGACGAAGUUAUCGAGAAGUUAUUUAAAGAAGGUGCCGCAAUCAAGCAAGAGAUAUGCAUGGCUUUGGCGAAACCAACGUUUCCUGCGAUUUACAAAUGUAAACCCGGUUUGAGUCAAGCUGCUUGGCAAAGGCACUUUUUGGAUGAACAAAAUCGAAUCGAUGAACUUAGGCAUAGAGCUCAAGAAUUUCAAGCCAAAGUGGCACAAGAAACUGUCAAAAGGCGGAGUGGGGGUAAAAUUCAAGCAGACUUUAACAUGUUUCCAACCAGGGAAAUGGUCAAAGCUUUAAACGAAACUGAAGCAGUAAAUAUUGGUUACUUGAAAAUUCCAAAAAAAUUGUUGCCAAGUAGCGAAAAGCCGGGCAUAAUAAAUUUGGAAUUGGAUUUUGUCCAUUUGCAAAAAAUUUUGAGUAGCCUGUCUUAGAAUAUUUAUUUAUUUUAUUUUAUACAAACUAAUAAAAGUUAAAUUUGUGGUAAUAAUAAUAUUUAUUAAAUAAAUGCUUUGAAUAACAAAAA